AUGGCCGACAUACCCCUCACACCACCAUCUCGAGGCCUCGAUGGCAAAGUCGCUAUCGUGACAGGCGCAGGCUGCGCGGGCGACGGCAUAGGAAACGGCCGUGCUAUAUCCAUCAUGCUCGCCGCAGAAGGCUGCAACGUCCUUUGCCUGGAUCUCAAUCUCGAAUGGGCCCAAAAGACCGCAGAGAUCGUAUCGUCUCAACCGAAUCGUGCGAAAGCAAUCCCCGUCCAAGCAGACGUCACAAAAGCAGCCGACUGCGACGCAGCCGUACAGAAGGCCCUCGACGAGUUCGGCAGGCUCGACAUUUUGAUCAACAAUGUUGGGAUUGGCGGUGCGGCGGGCACUGCAGUGGAGGUCGACAUGGAGGCUUGGGCGAAGGGAUUGGAGAUCAACGUCUCUUCCAUGGUGCAAAUGGCGAAGUACGCAAUUCCAGCGAUGGUGAAGAAUGAGCCUGGUGCUGGGGACAUGCGAGGCGUAAUUGUGAAUAUGGGAUCAGUCGCCGGAUUGAAGGGAGGAACUCCGCAUUUAUUGUACCCUACAAGUAAGGGCGCGGUUGUGAACAUGACAAGGGCGAUGGCGAGUCAUCAUGCUCCUGAUGGUAUAAGGGUGAACUGUGUUUGCCCAGGAAUGCUUUAUACACCUAUGAUGUACGCAAAGGGUAUGAGUGAAGAAGCCCGAGAGGCGCGCAAGAAGAGAAGUUUGCUCGGUACAGAAGGAAAUGGCUGGGAUGCUGCUGCUGCGGUUACCUUCCUUGCAAGCGAUCAUGCAAGAUGGAUGACUGGGGUCGUUCUACCUGUCGAUGCAGGGGCAACGGCUGCAGUCGGCAUUGGUCUACCUAAGGGGGCAAGCGUAAAUGGUUAG